UUCAAUGCAAAACCAAACCACUUCCCCAAUUUCCGACCCAUUUGAUAACCAACCCGAAUAAAUCAGAAAUUGGAAUGGCGCAGGAGAAAAUGACGGAGUACGAGCGGCGGAGGCUUGAGAAUAUAAAGCGCAAUGAAGAAAUGCUUGCCUCCCUUAAGAUUCAGUCCCGACUUUCUCAACUUUCCGCUGUCACCAAGCGUCCAAAAGCUCAAAGUAAAUCAUAUCUGGCGAGUCCACAGAAGAAACAGAGGUCUAAAUCACCAGUUGUGUUGCGGCGGUCUCUCAGGACUCAAGGUAUGGCACCGGAUUCUUCUACAGCUGGUGGGCUAAAAGAUGAUUUUGAUGAUCUCCCAAGUAGGAUAUCACCUAACAAGAGCUCACAACCCACAACCAAAAAGUCGCCUCGAGAACCUACACCAAUAAGUAUGAGGGAUGCAUAUAGUGGCGACUUUGAUGUCUCAAAUCAAAAGUUGAUUGAAACAAUUAAGGGUUUCUCUCAUACAAUUGACGAUGCAAAUGAGGGCAUGGAUCAAGAUUCUGUUUUAGGUGACUGGACAGAGAAAAGAAAGGCCUCUGGUACAGUUCAUUUGGAAUCACUGAGAUUGGAACCAGACAACAUAGCACGGGUUGUGCCAGGAAGAAUAUUAAAUGUGCGGUUUUUCCCCACCAACAAUGUCCGAAUGGUUGCUGUAGGGAACAAAUUUGGCAAUAUAGGCUUCUGGAAUGUUGAUGCUCCACAAGAUGAUGGAGAUGGGAUUUAUUUGUAUCAUCCUCAUUCGGGGCCAAUUUCAGGAAUAAUUAUGGAUCCCUUUUCUGUGUCAAAGAUGUUCACUUCUUGCUAUGAUGGAUUUAUCAGGAUGAUGGAUAUUGAAAGGGAAAUGUUUGAUUUAGUAUAUUUGAGCGAGCAUUCCAUAUUUUCCAUAUCACAGCAGCCACAUGACAUGAAAUCUAUAUAUUAUGGCGAAGGCAGUGGGGAACUUGGUAUUUGGGAUCUCAGGGCAGGAAAAUCUUCAGCAUCAUGGAAUCUGCAUGACGAAAGGAUUAACACAAUAGAUUUUACCUCAGAAAACUGUAACAUUAUGGCGACAAGUUCUACAGAUGGUAGUGCAUGCAUUUGGGAUUUGAGAAAAGUUAGUGCACAUAAACCAAAAGCUUUGCAAACUGUCUUCCACAAAAGAGCUGUGCACUCGGCUUACUUCUCACCUUCUGGAAGAUUUCUUGCCACAACAAGUAUUGAUGAUAAAGUUGGUUUGUUGAGUGGCGCUAAUUAUGAAGACACAUCUAUGAUCUCUCAUUAUAACCAUACAAACAGAUGGAUUUCCUCAUUCAGAGGAAUAUGGGGUUGGGAUGAUUCCUACAUCUACAUCGGCAAUAUGCAAAGAGGAGUUGAUGUCAUCUCAGUAGCUGACAAGAAACUUGAUUUUACCUUACGAAGCGAACACAUGACUGCUAUUCCAUGCCGGUUUGAUGCACACCAGGAGAAAGUUGGAAUGCUCGCAGGGGCUACAAGCGGUGGGCAGAUAUAUAUUUGGACAGCAUCUUAAGUUGGUGUCUAUGGAUCCUAGCAAACUUGUGAUAAUGGAGGCUGAGCUGCAUUUACCAAUCAGGCUAAUGUGAAUUUUGUGAAAGGACAAGGAAUCGUUUAUCUGCAGGUUUUUGUGUAUCUUGUCGUAGUUAACAUUGGUAGCUUUUCAUUGUUUCUAAAUGGUUUUUAAUCUAUAACCAAUUCAGUAUCCCAUUUCAA